GCCGGCCGCCAUGCAGGCGGCCUACUCGAAGCGUCAGAAGGAACGGCUGCGACGGAGCGAGGCGCGCCAGCGGCCGUUGGGCCGCACUAUCCGCCAGACGCUGGCCGACCUCUGCCGCCAGCUGGUGGUAUUCCUCUUCAACCAGGUGGGCGUCGGCUGCCUGCUGCUCGGCUAUACGGUGAGCGGGGCGUUUGUGUUCCGAUACGCGGAGGCCGAGUACGACCGCGAGCUGACGGCGCGCGUCGAGGAGCACCGGCUGACGGCGGCCCGCUCGCUCUGGCGCGUCACCUGCCAGCUGAACCAGUUCAACGUGACGGAGGCCGACUGGUGGCGGCUGGUGACCAACCUGACCACCAGCUACCAGCACAAUGUGACCGGGUUCGUGCGGCGCGGCUACCUUGGCGGCAGCAGCGAACAGAGCAUCUGGACGGUGCCCUCAUCCAUCAUCUACUGCAUCUCUAUCUACUCCACCAUCGGCUAUGGCUACCUCACACCGCGCACCACCUGGGGCAAGGUGUGCACCAUCAUCUACGCCAUCAUCGGCAUCCCGCUGAUGCUGCUCUACAUGUCCAACGUGGGCGCCGUACUCGCCAACUUCUUCAAGUUUGUCUACUUCCGCAUGUACCGGCGGCGGCGGCGCGCCCAUCUGCGGGCCGACUACCUGGGCGUGGCCAGUGGGCCGGCGUCGGUCAGCGUGUCGGAGGGCCUGGCGGCGCUGGCACGGCAUGACGAGCCCACCACGGUGCCAAUCGCCGGCUGCGUGCUGGUCAUGGCCGGUUACGUGCUGGCCGGCGGUCUCCUGUUCGGCGAGUGGGAGGGCUGGACCUACCUGGACGGCUCCUGGUUCUGCUUCGUGUCGCUCGUGUCGGUCGGCUUCGGCGACCUCGUGCCAGGCUUCUCGGCGCGCGAGGCGGACAGCAGCGCUGUCGACGUCAAGCUUAUCAUCUGCGCUGUGUAUCUGCUGCUCGGGAUGUCGCUCAUAGCUAUGUGCUUCUCACUGAUGCAGGAGGACGCAAUCGGCAAGCUGCGCAAGUUUAUGAUGCGUAUCGGCUGUCUGAGGCCGGCGAGCUCUGACGACUGGGACGCCACCACCAGCAGUGACCCCGUGCCCUGACGCGUGCCCGGCGCCGUACCAGCAGUGGCCCCAGGCUCUGACUGUCUGAGGCCGGCGAGCUCCGACGAUUGGGAUGCCGCCACCAGCAGUGACCCCGUGGCCUGACCCGUGCCUAGCGCCAUACCAGCAGUGACCCCGCGCCCUGACUGUCUGAGGCCGGCGAGCUCCGACAACUGGGACGCCGCCACCAGCAGUGACCCCGUGCCCUGACCCGUGCCCGGCGCCGUACCAGCAGUGACUCUGCGCUCUGACCCGUGCCCGGCGCCGUCGUGAGGCGCUCAGAGAACGCUGCCUCUGAUGUGUCACCGACCGGGGCCGAGCGCAGGGUCCGCCACCGCCCGCCAUUUAACAUUCUGAGCCGGUGUCGCCGUCGUCGGCGGCUCGUCGAUCGAUCGCGGAGACGUCGCGUCGGCGGGGCGCCGGGCCAAGUGAGCACCGGCCGCCGCAUCCCGGCAGCACCAAACAAACAGAGCCGCCGGCCGGUCUAUUAACCGUUUGUACAUGGCCCGACGCGCCUCACCGGUAUCAACAAACACGCUGGUGCGCCUUUGAGUGACGCCGGCACAGAAACGCCGACGCGCGCGCCCGCACACGGGCGCCGGGGACGGCACCGGCAGGGCGACG